AUGUGUAUUUUUGGUUUUCUAGCUCACGGCCAUGGAGCUAAAGGGGAUAAUAUUUACACAUUCCAAAUUGAGUUCCUGGAACCAGUCAACCCUAAGCCGGUGUAUAAAGUGACGCAGAGGCAGCUGAACAUCACGGUGAAGAAGGAGGAGAACCACUGGUGGGAGAGACUGACCAAGCAGGAGAAGCGGCCGCUGUUUCUCGCUCCGGAUUUUGACCGAUGGCUGGACGAAUCGGAUGCUGAGAUGGAACUGAAGGCCAAGGAAGAAGAGCGGAUAAACAAAAUGAGCGCAAAGAACCGAAUCCCCAAAGAUCCCUUCCGACACUUGAAGAGAGGUUAUCUGUUCAUGUACAACCUCGUGCAGUUCCUGGGCUUUUCAUGGAUCUUCGUGAACAUGACUGUCCGUCUGUUCAUGCUCGGGAAAGACUCUUUCUCAGAUACUUUCCACAUGAGUGGGGACAUGAUGUACUUCUGCCAGAUGUUUGCCCUGAUGGAGAUUGUCAAUGCCUUGAUAGGCCUCGUCAAAGCUCCUUUAGCUCCUGUCUGUAUCCAGGUAAUACCUUUGCAAACCAUUUUGGAAAGCUUCAGUUUUUACCCUUGUUCUUUGCUCUUCUUCAAAAGGCCUUUUAACCUUUCCUUUCUGCUUUUAGCUGUAGCCGUGAUCCAGGCCAUUCCUAUCUUCACCAGCACCGGGAAAUUCAGCUUCACCCUCAAUUAUCCACUGAACAUCACCAUCCCAUUUUCCGUCGUUCUGCAGCUCCAUCUCAUCUUCUUAUUCCUAGCGCCAUUUAUCCUUUUCCGUCAUCUCUACAAGCAACGUCAGCGACGCCUUGGACCUAAAAAGCGGAAAAUGCACUAAUGGGGAGUCUCUUGUUUUCUAAUCUUCCUCAAAGAUGGGUGCGGGCGGUGGGCUUCGGGCUCUUCCAAAACCCUUUUCCUCGCCCUAUUAACCCGAAAACCAAUUUUGUAGUCGCGAUGACACGUCUUCCUUGCCUGACAGCAGAAAAUAGAUCCGUCCAAAACUAACGUGUUUUUCUCUGCACCUCCCUCCCUUCUCGGGUAAGCUAAGCAGGGGAUUCAUACUAAAAACCUCUUUCCUAUGAAGUAGACCUGGAAAAGACCGGAGUGAAAAGAAAGCUGCUUUCCGGGGGAGGGAAAAAGCAUUAAAAAAAACUCCGCCAUCCAAGAGAUGCAGAGAAGAGUUUUCCCAAACACCAACUUUAGGAGGAUCUAAAAGAACCUACAAACGUAGUUAAGGCUUGUUAAGGAUGAGCCUGUGAGAAACUUUCCUGUGGCUUUAAGGGAGCGAGUGGUUUGUUAGGAUCCAUUUUCCUUUUUUUCCUUACCCCAAAAGCAAAAAUGACCCAAUCUGGAGGGGCCAAUUCAUUGCCUCCUCCUUCCUAGGGCUACGCUUGUAUUGGAUUCUUUAUCGCCUGUAAACUUCCCGACACGCGAGUAUUAAAA